AUGGCUCUCAUCAACCCCGUGUACGCUAUUAUCGUCCCUUUCCUCUUCCUGUUUACUGUUCCACUCGCCAUCUUCGCCGGGAUCACGACGACUCUUGCUUUUACCGUGCUCAUCUUCCGUGUUAUCCUCAUCUACUUCGACCUGGUCUUGUCGUUCCUGCCGUCCUACAUCACUGGCCGCCCGCGCUACCUGUCUUACGCACCCAAGGCGGCAUCGUCGGCCAGUCCAUCCCCGUCAUUAACGCCUACCCGACGUUCUGCAUCAAGACGGGCCCGUCGGCCAUCUUCUGCCUCGGCCCACUCUGUUGGCACGAUCACACCAAUUUCGGAAGCCGGCGGGAUCGGCCUUUUUCCCUCCGUCGGCAUUGACCGGGAUUAUGAGGGUGUCGGGGGUUGGCGCCUAGGAAGCGGCAACGAUGAUGAUCUUUGGACAACCAUUAAUUCACGUCUUGAGCUGCCCGAUCGUCAGUAUCAGAGACACCACCACCGGAGCCCCAGCGGUGGGCCGACGACUCCGGGCGGCGGCGACGGGUACCUCAUGAUGAAGGGAGGACGUAACCGGAGUCCGGAGAGCAACCGCGGCGGUAACGCUACCACUUCUCCCAACAGCUCGCGAGCGCGAACGCCGACAAACUCAACGCACAUUGCGUUUACGUCGCUUGACAGCACCGACGGAGAUUAUUUUCCAAGCUUAUCGCCCAAGACCGUAAGGAAGGUUGCUGUGGCAUAA